AUGAACGUGCUCUCGGCCGUGCUAAGCCUUGCUGCUCUGCUGCAACCAUCUCCUAGAAGGAUAUAUACAGCACAACUUGCGGAUGGCUCAGCUAGCAGUGCAGAGCAGCAGCAGAUUGUUGACAAGCACAAUGACCUGCGGAGAGGCGUGACCCCACCUGCUAGCAACAUGCUGAAGAUGGAAUGGAAUACUAUAGCCGCUGAGAAUGCCAAAAACUGGGCCAAACAAUGUACUUUAUCUCACAGUCCACGAAUGAAAAGAGUUGUCAAAGGAAUAGUGUGUGGUGAAAACCUCUUCAUGUCAACUGUUGCUACCCCUUGGCCUGCAGUAAUUCAGAGCUGGUACAACGAGGAGAAGUAUUUCAAGCAUGGCGUUGGACCAGUACCUCAAGAUGCUGAAACCGGCCAUUACACUCAAAUCGUUUGGUACAAGUCUUACCAAGUCGGUUGUUACGGCACCUACUGUCCCUCAGCCGGCUUCAGCUACUACUAUGUUUGUCACUACUGCCCUGUGGGAAACAUACAUGACUUGCUUAAAACGCCGUAUAAGGCAGGACCCUCCUGUGGCAGCUGCCCUUCAGCUUGUGACAACGGACUGUGCACCAAUCCUUGCAGAUAUGAAGAUAAGGACCCUGACUGCAAUCACUUAGCAACAGAGUCUGGGUGUGCGAGCUUACGAGUAAAGCAAACCUGCCCUGCUUCUUGCCUGUGUACCACCGAAAUAAAAUAG